UGCAAUGAACUUGUAAAAGAAGGUAGUGGCUUUUGUCAAGCACUUGAAGUAGCUUGCAGUUAUAGGGAUUUUAAUGUGAAGAUGGAUCUUUGGGGCAGUUUUGCAUUGACUGGAGGAGGACUGUGUGUUGUUUAUGUGUUGCUGCCCUUCAUAGUGAGGCUCUAUCCUUGGAUUGCACACAAAAUUGUAUUUCUUCACUUUGUGGAACACCCCAAAGUAGUAUUUAAAGACUUGAAAAAGCCAGAGAGCUUUGGGUUAAAGAAUACCAGAAAUUUCUAUCUUGAUGUUGAUGAAGAGAGUACCAUUGGAGUCUGGCAUACCUUACCCAAUAAUGCAGGCGAUCAAAUCGAUGAUAAUGAUGAAUUCUGGGAGAAAAAGUUACAAGAAGGACAACCAAUAAUUCUCUAUCUCCAUGGCAACUCUUCUUCAAGAGCUCAGCCCCACAGAGUUGAGUUAAUGAAGAUACUCACUAAACUAAACUACCAUGUGCUGGCACUGGACUACAGAGGUUUUGGAGAUUCCACUGGUUUCCCGUCAGAGGAUGGUUGUGUUGCUGAUGCCUACUUUUUGUACAAAUGGAUCAGAAAAUGGUCAGCUGAAGUUCCUGUUAUUAUAUGGGGACACUCACUAGGAACAGGUAUAGGGACAAAAUUGACAAAACAACUAUGUGAAAAAGGUGAAGCACCAGAUGGACUUAUUUUACAGGCUCCAUUCACAAAUUUAAAACAUGUCUCAAAACUCCACCCUUUUUCUGCAUUGUUUAGAUUUCUUCCCUGGUUUGACUGGGCUGUAUUAAGUGCUUUGGAUAGAAUUGGCCUUCAUUUCAAAUCUGAUGAAAAUAUAGCCAGUGUUACUGUCCCUAUAUUACUCCUUCAUGCUGAGGAUGACUUUACUAUUCCCCAUGAACUCGGUGAACUGCUCCAUGAAGAGGCAAAGAGAGUCCGUGAGACGACCAGCGGUAAUAUCCACUUUGUGUCCUUUGACAAAAAACACAAAUAUGGUCACAAUGGAUUGUAUAGAAGUCCAGAACUUCCUCAACAUGUCUUAAAGCCGCAAGCAGACAGUAUAUAUCGUGACAGCAAAAUGUUGAAUGAAAAUGUCGAUUCUAGGCAAUAUCAAGAAAGGCAUUGUUCUCCAAAGAAGAAUAAUCAGCCAAAGAUGAAGACAGUAACUGGAAAAACGACGGAAAGACCGGUGUAUGAUACUGCUGUAAAGACAACCAAGUACCUGGUUCUUUCACUGUUUGUCAUUUAUGUGGUGUUCCCUUCUGUAAUGACAUUAUAUCCGAGGAUUCAAGAAAAACUUAUCUUUCUUAAUUUUGUGUGUUGGCCACCAUUUAUGGAUGUGACAAAGCCAGAAGAACUAGGAAUAACAGGAGUUAGGAAUUUUUAUCUUGAUGUAGAUGAAGAAAUCACAAUAGGGGCAUGGCACCUUCUUCCAAAAUCUUUGGUUAAAAAUGAAACUAUGGACUUUGAAUCUAAGUUGAACAGUGGUCAUCCUAUUUUCUUGUACCUGCAUGGAUCUACAGGCACCAGAGGAGGAUGGCACAGAGUCCAGUUAAUGAAAUUACUGACCUCAAUGGAUUUUCAUGUUAUAACCUUAGAUUAUAGAGGGUAUGCUGAUUCCACUGGUCACCCCUCAGAAGAUGGAGUGGUGGCUGAUAGCCAUUUUAUGUAUAGGUGGAUCAAAGAAAGAAGUGGGACUUCUCAAGUCAUUUUGUGGGGCCAUUCUUUGGGAGCUGCAAUUACAACAAAGCUGGCCAAACAGUUAUGUGAAGAAGGAGAUGAUCCACAUGGGGUUAUUUUAGAAUCUCCAUUUAACAACAUUAGAGAUGCUGCCCUCAGCCAUCCAUUCUCAGCACCAUUUCAGCAUAUAGCCUUCUACAAGAAACUUAUUCUGGACUCUGUAGCUCAAAACAAUGUGUUCUUUACAAGUGAUGAAAAUAUAGCGGCAGUGAAGUCUCCUGUGAUAAUCAUGCAUGCUGAAGAUGAUUUAGUCAUUCCUUAUGAUCUUGGACUCAAGUUAUACAAGUCAGCCCAGCAUAAUAGACCCCAGGACAGUGGUCCUCUGCAGUUCAUUCCCCUCAAAGCCUCUUUUGGAUAUGGACACAAACAUAUAUUUCAGGCUCCAGAACUACCAGAAAUUGUAAGGAACUUUUUAGGUCUUUGUCAGAAGAAAUAUCAGAUUCUGGAUUUCUACGUUUGUUUUAUCCAUGUCUGUCUCUGCUCAACAACCACAAGUCAUCAUGAUCAAAGUAUCUAGAAAAACCAUGGCACUAUACAGUUGUAGGCUUCAGUGUAGCUUUGAAUUUUUUCUUAUGUUUAGUUUACUUUACAAAGCUGUUUCUAAAAAUCUCAAUUGAUUAAGAUUUGAUGAAUCCGUUUAUAUUCUUUUGAUUAAAUUUUAGUACACAGAGCAGAUUUCAUAAAUAACCCAAAUUUGCUGUUACAUGUACUCUCUGUAAACCUAUGUCUUUCAUGGUUGAAUUACUUUGUUGUUAGGUGUAUGUAUUUAAUGUCACUGUUUAAAUUGAGAAUGUACAUAGACAUGUAUAAUAUUCUCUGUGUUGCAGCAUUUUGUGGUAUAUGUUAAAUAUUUUGGAUUUGAUGAUUGUAAAUGUACAUAUGUAGUUAUUUUGUUUACUUAUAUAUACUUGUACAUGUAGGACAAUCCCAUUUUUAAAAAAUAAUAAUUUUAUCUACUUAAUUUAAAGUGAUAU